UUGUUGUGGUUUGUUGUAUCGCAGCCUGGAAUCAUCAAUGUGUCCGCUUGACUCGAGGCCUCUCGGGCGGCGAGUGGCAUCUUUUCCCUGAGAUGCUUCAUGCGGAAAGUAAGUCAAGAUGUCUUGAAAGUCAGGAUGGAUCAGCAGUUGAGCCAUGUUCUAAAAAAAUGAAAUCAACAGAAGAGCCUUAUGGCAAAUCCUAUGAUGGAUUGCAAAGCCUAUAUGAAGAAGUACAUGUUAAGAAAACCCAUAGUGGGUUUAUACCUCUGUCCCUCUUUGAUGAUGAGGAUGGAGUAGAUGAAACUACAAGAGGCCUGGUCCCAUCUAAAGAGGUAUUCCUUGGUAUAAAGCCAGUGACGUGUAAGCCUUCAAAUGCAGUAAAUAAUACUGAAAUUACAGGAUAUAAAUACGCUUUCUCUGGUAAGAAUACUGCAGUAGUUAAUAAUAGAGAAAAUAAUGAAUCAUUGGAGAAAUAUAAGAAUGAAGGAAAUACUGAACUGUACAGCACAAGCAAAGCAUUCAUUGGACCCAUAUAUAAAAUUGAAGUUGUUCAGCAAACCAAGGAAAAGAAAAACUACAAAUACAGAAAUCACCAAAAAGUGCCAAAAGCAAUGCGUGGUGGUAGUUCUAAGAAAGAAAUGGCACCAAAACGGAGUCUACCCAGUGAUAUACCAAAAAUAGAAGAUGAAUUGUCUCAAUUCUAUAGUGAAAUUCAUCAGCUUGAAAGUGAUGAAAAUAUCUUGGAUAAAGCUGGAAAAGACUUUCAUAAGCAACCUGUGGAAUAUAACAAAUGGAAUCAAAUAGAGUGUAUUAGCUCUCAAGACUUGUCCUACAGCAAAACAACUUCCAGUUGUGAUGGUGGUCAGUGUUUUUACGGUGAACCCAGUGAUCGCAGAAUAUGCAGUGAACAGAAUCCCUACAAUGGGCAGAUGGGUCAUAGAACUGGCAAUGGACAGUCUUUUGGUAGUGAAAGAAAUGCAUGGGAAGCUGAAAAGCCAUGUAAUAAACAAGCAGGUUCUAGAUUCUGGAAUGAUUCUGUACCUCCCUUUAACCCUGGCUGGCAACAGACACCUCCAUUUAUAAUACCUUAUGGCCCACCACCUCCCCAGUUCAUCCGUAAUUUUAAUUUUCAGGAGCCGGUUCCAUCAUCCCACCAUUCAAAUAAUUUCAGUUCUUCAAAUGUAGGUCCAUUUGAAAACACCCACAUUAACAUGAGCUGUUCACCCUCUGAUAAAAAUAGUGACCGUACUAGUCAUUCUGGUACUCCAAGUAUACAGACCAUUCAAAAUGGAUACAGUGUCCAGGAAAGGUAUAUAGGUAAUGGUUUCUAUGAAACCGCAACAUGUUGGAAAGAUGCUCAACAAACUGAAGGAUCAAGUAGUGUUUCUGAACAAUUCCUGGAGGGCAGCUUAUGUGAGUCACAAAAGCAACUCCUGAUCCUGAGAGGCCUUCCAGGCUCAGGAAAGACAACAUUGUCUCGCAUUCUGCUUGGUCACAGUCAUGAUGGCAUUGUGUUCAGCACCGAUGAUUACUUUUGUCAGCAAGAUGGAUGGUCAUAUGAUGUUGGUCAGCUUGGUGCUGCUCACGACUGGAACCAGAAGAGAGCAAAACAAGCAAUGGAUCAAGGAAGAUCUCCAAUUAUAAUAGACAACACUAAUACUCAAGCAUGGGAAAUGAAGCCUUAUGUGGAAGCGGCUCUAGAAAAAUGCUAUAGAGUGGAAUUCCAUGAACCAGACACAUGGUGGAAGUUUAACCCUGAAGAAUUAGAAAAGAAGAACAAGCAUGGGGUCAGUCGUGAGAAGAUUAUUCAAAUGCUGGAAAGAUAUGAAUAUCAAAUAUCUAUACCCGUUGUUAUGAAUUCGGUGCUACCUUUCCAUAAAACUUCCCAAAGGCCUCCUCCACAAAGAAGACAGAGGGAAACAGUUGUAAAGAAGAAGCACAAACUACACAAGAUGAAACAGAGAAGGAAACGAAAGAGGAACAGAAAAAUGAAGGGUGCCGCUGUUAAAAUAGUGGAGAAGAAGCCUGACCCUCAAACUCCUAGUGAUAAGGACUGGUCACAGAGUGGAGAGGAGGAUUCAGAAGACAAUAGGAAAUCUGCAUCUAUUGAUGAGUCACUAAAGGAGCUCAUAGCAGAUGGUGAAGUUGAUUCUGCCAAUGAAAGCAGUCUGAAAUGUUCUGAGUUGCAAAAAGGAAGCUUCUGUGUUUCGGACACUUUGCUACCAGAUGAUUAUGUUGUUCCCCUUGAUUGGACAAUAUCAAAGGAGAUCUAUUUACGGUGGAAGGCUUCUGUGGAGAAAAAUCAGAAAAAGAAUCGAUCCAAAGGAUACGAUGCCUUGCCUGCUGGUGGAGCUGCCCUGGAAGAUUCAAAGGAGGUUGAUGGUCAAGAGAAACAAGAAUCUUCUGAUGCAAACCCACAAAUGCACUUGUUCCAGUAGACUUGGAAAAGCAUCAUCGCUCUAACGAAUUGUUUUAUAGAUACAAUGUUCGAGUAACAAAGGUGGUUCAUCUGAACUUUUGCCUAAAAAUAAACAGCAUUUUGUGCAGAAAGAACUUGCUCAAUUUAGGCUUCACCAUGGAUGGACCACCAGGUAACAGCCAGCUGUGUUGCUGAGAAGCGCACGAUACAAAGUUUGUUGAAUGAUCAACAACCGUAGUUUUUGCCUUCCAUCCAUGUAA